AUGCCAAUUCGGAAUUCUACCAACUCCUCCACUCUUUCGGCGCCGUCUCAUCUGACCCCCCCACUAGCCAUCGUUUCCGCAGAAGACCUCAUCGAAGCAUACCCCAAAGCAAAAGUCGUGCUUGUCGAGCGCGAUAUCGAGGAGUGGUGUACCAUCUGGAUGAGCGGGUAUCUCAAAAUCCCGUUUGAUCCGCUCGUCACCCUCAUCUAUCAUAUCGACCGGUUCUUCGGGCAUCCGAUUGGGAAGGUGCAUAAGUCAACAUUUGCGGGGUGGACGGGGAUUGAGAGUGUGGAGGAAGCGUGGGUUAAGAAUCGGGCGAAGUAUCGCGAGCAUUAUGAGCUUGUGAGGAGGGUUAGGCUGAGCGAGAGGUUGUUGAAAUUCAGGCUUGAGGAGGGUGGGGGCUCGUUGUGUGAGGUUCUUGGGAAGGAGGUUCCGCGUGUGCCAUUUCCGCCUUUGAAUGAGUAG